AUACUUCCACAUGUGCUUGGCGGUGACUGUUCGAUGUUGUCGGAGAUGGCGAGCACGAUCAUCAUUCAUCAAUGCUAGGGUGAGCUUGCUUUUUCCACGGUGGUUACCAGCAUAUAUUGGUGGUUUUGAUCCGAGGCAAGAUCGUAGGGUAAGUGGGUAACCACACUGUUUGGUUGAACUCAGGAUAUAUGAGAAGGAGUGUGAUGUUUCUUUCCAAAAGAGGUAUAGCAUUUACUGGGGUAAUUUAGAAAAGAAAUUUUUAAAAAAAUGAAAUUGGGAGUGUAAAUAGUAAAUGCCCUGAAAUUUUAGCCUGCAAAGACAAAGCUCUCUCUCACAAUUCACAAACCAACCGAAAGAGAAAAAACCUCAUUUUUCAUAUUUUUUGUCCCAAACGAAAACCCUUACUUUGUGUUUUGUUGUUCGAAAAGAAAUCAAGGUCUUUGUUUUGAUUCCUUCGUGCUUGCUUCUGGAAUCUCAACAACACCUUUUGCUCUCUCUUGGCUGGAUCAGUCGCCGUUACUCAAGAAACAUAACAUACAACCAAGGUGAUGGACAAGGUUGUGGAGGAGGCUGAAAAAGUGAAGAAGGAAUGGGAUGAAACAUACAAGAAAACGCAAGAGCACAUUGAGGCAAUUGCAGAGUAUGGAAAACCAGGAAGAGCAAAAGAGGAGAAAAAUUCUCUCGCCAGAUUGAAUGGGAUUGCUCAAGAUGGCUUGGCUCUCCUUUCUUCCUUCCUCUUCACCCUCGAUCUUCUUGCUCCUCAAUUGCCCUCUGAGCCAGAGGUCCAAUCCACACGUGCCUUGCUUCAAUCUUGGAAAACACUAACUCAAAAUUUGCGGUUAAAUCUGCGGAAUGCCAAUCUCCAAGCGAAGGCUAACUUGAGGAAAGCUGCUCAGGAGGAGAGAGAACUACUUCUGGGUGGCGGAGAAGAGUCCACAGUUCGCAGACGCAAUUUACAGACAAAAGCUGGAAUGACAUCUGCUGCAGAGAGCAUCACGGAAAGCCUUCGUCGUACUCGUCAAUUGAUGGUUCAGGAGGUUGAAAGAAACACAAGCACACUUAUGACUCUUGAUGAGUCAACUGGGGUGUUAAAAAAGGCUGAAAGUGAAUAUAAAGGGCACCGCUCGUUGUUGAUGAGAACACGAAAUCUCCUCUCCACAAUGCAACGUCAAGAUGUCAUAGACAGGGUAAUAAUCGGGGUUGGGUUUUUGUUGUUCUCCCUUGCUGUUCUUUAUGUUGUUUACAAGCGAAUCGGACUACUUACGUUGCAGAGAAAGGUAACUGAGGCCAUAAAAGCCGGUAUGGUGGGACAGGCAGAGCUAAGACCCCAAGCUGUUGCAGAUGACUUGAAUCUUCAUCAAGUCAGAGGCGACUGUGUUCAUAAUGCAGAGGCUCCUUUAGAACAAAGAAUACAUGAUGAACUAUGAUGCAUUUCUAAGCAAUACUAUCAUGUUGUCUGUGUUUAUUUUCAUCAAGAGAGAUCAUAUAUUUCAUAACACAACUUCAGCAUCCUCCUAAUUGCUUUAAAAGUGACAAAAGUAAAAGUAUUUGCUAUCUUGAGAGUUCGAAAAGUAUUUACUACUAACUUUUUGAGAAGUAAUUUGGAGGAUUAUUGGCUGAUCUGUUAUAAUGAAUUAAAAAUUAUUUCUGUAGUUGAUUACAAGCCUUUCAACAUGAGCAAGCUAAUAAUUCUUGACGAGCUGUCUCUGGCUGCUUUUUCGUUGUACCAA